AUGGACGUUAUAGAGCUGAUCUUUCUGCUGGCCAAGUGUCUUAAGUACGUUGGCUUUACUACCCUUUGUGACGUGGUGUUUGGCGUGUUCCUCUGCGUGUGGGCCUGGACGCGUCACGUCUUCUAUCUAAUGGUCUGCUGGAGCGUCUACUACGAUCUGCUGCGGAGCCUGGAACAGCUGUGCUUCUGGGGCGCUGCGGAAGACGUUGGGUUCCUGACCUUCCUCCUUGCUCUUGAGGUCGUCAUCUGCGUCUGGUCUUUCCUCAUUAUUUGGGUAAUAAUCCGUGUGUUGAAAGGGGCCUCUGCCGAAGAUGUCAGGAGCGAUGUUGAGGAGGAAGAGGAAGAGGAGGAGGUGCAAGUCGUGGAAGACGUCGGCGUAGAUUCCAUUGACUUGAAGGCCUGGGAACGCCGCACCGCCAAAAGGACAUCCGGCUUGAGGGCGAGUGGCGUCAGUAUUCAUCUUAGUCAAAGUGACCGGAAGGAAUUGCUCAACAGAAUCGGCUGUGAGAAGCAGAUUGAGUAA